AUGUCGCCAGAUCCUCGCCCCCUCCCACGCGCCCUCCUCCUCUUCGGCGCCGGCCCCGGCAUUGGAGCCCACGUCGCCACCACGCUCGCCGCCCACGGAUCCAUAGCGCACGUCAUCCUCAUCGGUCGCAACACUGACCGCAUCUCCGCCUCUGAUGCCACCCUCGUACGCACCGCCGCGCCCACCGUCAAAGUCGACGUCCUCCGCGCCGACCUGGACGAUCUGGACGCCAUCCCCGGGGUUCUGGCCGAGAUAGACGCGCUCACGGCCACCGAGGACGUGGAAGUUGUGUACUACAACGCUGCGCGCAUCGCGCCCUCGGCACUGGAGUCCAGUGUCGACGUGCUCGCUGCUGAUCUCCGGCUCAACGUCCUGGCCCUCCACAUCGUCGCCCAGCACUACCUCCCGCGCAUGCAGACCUUGGCCGCCGCCCACUCUACCGCUAAACCCGCCCUGCUGGUCACUUCCUCGCACCUCCCGAAUGAGCCGAUACCGCAGCUGCUUUCGCUGUCGGUGGCCAAGGGCGCGCAGCGCACCCAUGUGCUCGCGAUGAACCAGGCGAUGCGCCCGCACCGGGUGCACUGCGGGCUGGUCGAAGUGCAUGGCAUUGUGGCACCGGAUGCGCCGGUACUGAACCCAGCGAAUGUCGCGCGUGAGGUGUGUACAUUUUGGCAGAAGGCCGAGGGCGCGCAGAUUGUGUUGAAGGAGUUGGGGGAGUGAGUCCCGAUGGGGUAGAUUUGCUGCAGGGGGAAGACACGGCAGUGGUGGCUGGCUUGUGUGUAGUUAUCUGGCACGCUGUGUAGGCUGACUAUGGGCCUUGCCCCGGGUGGCCCCUGCUAUAGGAGCAGUGAGACCAGAUCACUAUAGCCACUUAGAGAAGCCAGGUCACGGUAUGAACGUACAUAUCACCAUCCAUAUAAAGCCAGCGUUGAC